GGGGAGCCGGGAGUUCCUGGUGUUAGGGGUAUGAAUGGAGUAGACGGCGUGGACGGUCUUACUGGGCCCGUCGCAGGCCCACAAGGUGCUUCUGGGCCUAGGGGAUUGCCAGGAGCCAUGGGGCCACCGGGGUACGAGGGGUCGAGAGGCGAAAGGGGGGCAGAGGGCCCGCAAGGAAAGAAAGGU